AUGAAUUUCUUCAAAAACAUUUUAGGAUUUGGAACAAAUGAAGUUAAAAAUGAAGGGAAUGAAGUACAACUUGACAUCGUUAAUGGAAAUGCUAUCAGUGAUGAAAUAACCAACAACCUCCAAGGAGAUAAAGUAAUAAGUGUUCCACCCAUUGAUACAAUCCAAGGAUAUGAAUAUACCCUUCAAACAUUAUAUUAUUCAAUACAUUCAAAAACACAGAUACAAGAAGACCAAAUAAUUCCUCUUCAAAAUAAUAUUAACCUUGCAAUUCAACUUCCUUUAUCAGAAAAAGAAUUGUUUAUUGUAACAAAUAAUAAUCCAAUAAAAAAAGAAAUAGACAAAAACAUUAACUUUGAUAUUUCAUUUAAUACUUGCUUUACCAUUGAUCAAGAAGAGUGGUGUGUUGCGGUAAAACAAGCAUUUGAAAAAUAUCUCAAUUGUAUUGCUGAAAAAUAUGAUAAUAUUAUCAGAAUUCAAAAAGAAACAACAAACAAUCCAAUUAAAGAAUAUCCAUUAACAAUGUUAUUAAAGAAGAUUGAAGAUAUUAGUGGAUAUACAAUUAAAUAUGACUCUUUUAAUGAUGCUUAUAAUGGUACAAAAAUGAUAACUAGAAAUGAUUUAUUACAUACAGGUGAUUGUAUUGAUAUUACUGUGAAUGGAGAAAUUAUUAGUGGAUGGUUAAUUUCAAAAGCAGUAUGUAUUAAUGAAUUUAAUAUUAUUCCAAUAAACCAAAACAUAGGAAUUAUUAUUAAUGAAAAAAGUAGAUUAAAAAUACAGAAGAAAGAAAACAAAAAUAUUGUUUCCAUAAUUAUUCAGACAGAUGAUAAUUAA